AGUUGUAGGGCGUGAGGAACAAGCCACCAUUUUUGACUCUGCCGGCUGAGUCUGAGACAAAUGUUGAUUUAAGCCAAAGGAAUCCGAAGAUACCAACAAUAAGCUUUUGAUAUAAAAAAGACAAAGACAGAGCAACGUUUUUCCAGCCUGUAAGGAUGCACUUGACCGCGUGUGAACCUACAGCCAUGUCCACAGCUGUAGUGAUGGACCAUCCAGGGGAUGCAAGCGUUUUUCAGUCCUGUGGAAAAGGGGACAGUCUCGCCUCCCUGGAAUAUACCAAUGCUGAGUUUACAGCAAAUGAGUCAUCAGAGGAGGAGUCGGCAUGUGUUAAAGUGGAGCAGACAAACACCAAAGCCGAACAGAGGGUGAACACAGAAUCAGGUGCUGCCCCUCGUCCUGACUCCCUCUCCCUGCCAGCUCAGGGUACAGAGCUCUGGACCUCAUGCAGGAAUGGAGAGGUGAAGCUCAGGAUGGGUGAGUCUGGCCCUGCCGCUGAGCCUCCAGUCACCGUGAACCAAAUGUUUACCUCUGCGGUUCAACGUUACGGGAGCUACACUGCAUUAGGGUGGAAGGAGGGAGAACAGUGGAAAUCCAUGACUUACAGCGAGUACUACAAGUCCUGCCGCACUGCUGCCAAAAGUUUCCUGAAGCUCGGUCUGGAACGGUACCAUGGAGUCGGUAUCCUUGGCUUCAACUCAACCGAGUGGUUCAUCGCCGACAUCGGGGCUAUUUUAGCUGGGGGGUUUGCUGUGGGCAUCUACACCACAAACUCUCCUGAAGCAUGCCAGUAUGUGGCAGAGAACUGUCAGGCCAACAUCCUUGUGGUGGAAAACCACAAACAGCUACAGAAGAUCUUACAGGUCCAGGACAAAUUGCCACACCUAAAAGCCAUUAUCCAGUACAAAGACGAGCUGAAAGAGAAAAAGCCCAAUCUCUACACGUGGAAGGAGUUUAUGGAGCUGGGCAAUGACGAGCCUGAUACUCGACUGGAUGACAUCAUCAGCUCCCAGAAACCCAACCAAUGCUGCACUCUGAUCUAUACGAGCGGAACCACUGGCCAACCAAAGGGAGUCAUGCUUAGUCACGACAACCUGACAUGGACAGCAUUUUCAACAAGCCAAGACGUGGGUCUGACGGAUGCAGAGAAGUCACAGGAAGUUGUAGUGAGCUACCUGCCACUUAGCCAUAUUGCUGCACAGAUGAUUGACAUCUGGAUCACCAUGAAAGUAGGAGGAGCCACGUACUUUGCACAGCCUGAUGCACUGAAGGGCUCUCUUGCAAACACUCUACGCGAGAUACGUCCUACUGCUUUCAUGGGUGUCCCAAGGGUGUGGGAGAAGAUGCAGGAAAAGAUGAAGUCUAUCGGCGCCAAAUCAUCCACUGUGCGCCGGAAGGUGGCAUCCUGGGCCAAAGACGUGGGCCUGCAAACCAACCUCAGAAAGAUGGAGCUUAAUGGCAGCAUGUCCAGAAAGCCCUUUAACUAUCGGUUGGCAAAGCGUCUGGUGUUCCGGAAGGUUCGGACUGCACUGGGACUAGAUCGCUGUACAAAGUGUUACACUGGAGCAGCUCCCAUCACCAAAGACACACUGGAGUUUUUCCUCAGUCUGGAUAUUCCACUGUUUGAACUCUAUGGCAUGAGUGAAAGCUCUGGACCCCACACCAUCUCACUGCCCGACGCCUUUAGACUCACCAGCUGUGGAAAGGUGAUUCCAGGGUGUCAGACAAAGAUUUUCAGCCCUGAUGCAGAUGGUAAUGGUGAAAUCUGUUUCUGGGGCCGUCAUGUGUUCAUGGGCUAUCUGAACAUGCCUGAAAAAACUGAAGAAGCUCUGGAUGCAGAGGGCUGGCUGCACUCUGGUGACCUUGGUAAACAGGACCAAAACGACUUCCUGUUUAUCACCGGACGCAUUAAAGAACUGAUAAUCACGGCCGGUGGUGAAAACAUUCCUCCAGUGCCCAUUGAGGAUGUGGUUAAAGAGACCGUUCCACUGAUCAGCAAUGCCAUGCUUAUUGGAGACAAGAGGAAGUUCCUCUCCAUGCUGAUCACUAUAAAGUGUCAGGUAAACGGGGAAACAGGUGUUCCUGAAGACGAACUAACUCCUGAGGCAAUCGAGUUGUGUUGUAAACUCGGCAGCAACUCCACGCGAGUCAGCGAAAUCGCCGGCGGCCGUGACCGGACAGUAUAUGCUGCUAUACAAGAGGGCAUCAACCGCGUCAAUGAGAAAGCCACUUCUAAUGCCCAGCGCAUCCAAAAAUGGACUGUGCUGGACCAAGAUUUCUCUAUCCCAGGAGGAGAGCUGGGGCCCACGAUGAAGCUUAAGAGACCGGUGGUCAUGAAGAUGUACAAAGACCAGAUUGAGAACUUUUACAAAGAAGUUGUGACCCCAACCACCCCAGACAACCCCCUGCCUCCUUAAUAAUGGGCCUCGUCAUCCACUUCACAGAUCGUAGACAAAGAGACUGACAUGGUCUAAGACACACACACAAACAUAUGAACACCACUCAGAACUUCUGUUUGCUUUUGCUUGUGACCAUAUGUGAGGUCAUUUUUGUUCAGGGUUUAAUUGUGCGUUUUUAUUUUUACAUUGUUUACAUUUGUUUGUUAUGUCUGAAGAAGGAAAGAAAAUGUGUAUAACAUGCACCAAAAGCCAAAUGUGAAAACGCUUUUUUUUUUUUAAAGGUAUGUAUGUUUUGUGGUGAUUUAUAUUUAUUUUCUUGCUUAAUCAUAAUGAAGUACAGUAAUGCCUAAUGAAGUGUCUUUUGCAACAUUUUGUUUGUUAAUAUGUAACUUCAACGCAGGUGAUCUGAUUAGCUAUGUUCAAAGAUACCUAUUAAUUACUUAUGGUUUAAUUUGUCGCCACCUUUGAGAAAGCUAACAAGAAAAAUUGCAUGUUGGCUGUGACUGAAAUCCUUUGAAAAUGAAAUAUAAGAUGGACACAACUCUGACUGGUGUGUUAACGGAUAAUCAUCUGGCAAAUCUUGAAAAAUAUUAAUGAAAUCGAUGGUUUAACUAGUCUGCUUUCACUUGAGGAACUUCCUGAAGACUUCAGUAUAUGAAGGUGGUCAUCUGGCAAGCAAUUUAUACCAUACAAGCCAUACAUGUUUGUUUUUGUGACCAAAUGCACCAUACAUGUUCAGAUGUUUGAUUUGUGUAAGAUUGCAUUUUGUUUUAUGAAAUUCUUUGUAAAAUUGAACCUAGUAUAUAGUGUACAUAUGUAUUGCCUAUAUUUCCUCUUUUUCUGUGAUCUUGUCUGAUGCUUUUCUGUGUCACUCUGACAGCCCUCUGUGUUGGCCGAUAUUGGAUGACAUUGAGGUUUAAUGUCAGCAUGAGCUUUAUGAAAACCAUUUUUCUUCAAUUGUGAUCUGGACAAAGAGGAACAGUGAUGAAAUGAUAAGGGAAAUUACACAAGGGAACUCUUUUUAAACAUGGGUGAGAGAACUAGAUCUGUGCAGGGGAGAAAUUUUGAUUUGCCAAGCUGAGUUUAUUUGGUUUGCAUGUACAAUGAGGAAAUUUCUACCAAAUUAAAACUAUGUUUUAUUUAUAUUGCAUACUGCAUAAUAAAAUGUUUAGAAUGCGAUUUAGAGAGAAAAUUUUGUGGCUUGAUCAAAAAGGUUAAAUCAAGCCAUAGCUUGUUAAUCUUCAGUGAAAUACUUGAAUUUAGAAAAAUGCAAAUCCAAAGAUUUCAUUUUCCCUCUGUAAAUAAAUUAUUUUUUAUCUUUCUAGAGGGCUUUCCUCAGAUAGUAGACAUAAUGCUCCAAAACGUGUGUAUUCAGACUGCAUAGCAUGACCACAGAGAAGCCUUUAUGUAAAAAAAAUUAAAAAAGAUGACUUAAGUCAUCUGUGCAUGAAAGAAGACAAGUUGUUAGCUCGGUCAAAAGUUGUGAGAAUGAGGGUGGAACUAGUGAGUAAUUUCCUGUUAUUCGGUCUGAGAUUUCUUUUACUGUUUCAGAAACAUUUCUCUCCAUUUGUUUUUCGAAGUCCAACUGCUAGUGCUCAUAUCAGUCAAUUUAGACAAACACUGUGACCGUUUAAUGGAAGAUCUGAUCUAGAGCUGAUAAACAUAUAUAUAUAUAUAUAUAUAUAUAUUAUUAUUAUUUUUUUUUUUUAAAGAGCAACCUGGUUUUACCUGACUCUGAAAACCUUUGAGCUGGGUGGCAAUUUGUUGGUUUGUAGUGUGAAUUUAGGGGUUCUGAAACUUGCAUGUCAUUGUUGAAACUGGAUUAUUGGACAUAGAUACUUUUGGGAGAUGAAAUUCCAGUUUUCAACUUGUAUAU